UCAAAAACAGCAAAGCCAUGGCUAAAACAAACAACGCGCACACACACACACAACACAAGACCUUCAGCAGGUCUCUCUAAUGGCGUCUCUUACUCUUUCCCUCUGCGCCAAUUUCUCCCUUCAAUGCCGACUCUCCACCAACCAUAGUCUACCUUUAUCCACCCCAUUUCCCUCUUCUAGUUCCAACCAUCAUUUCCCCCUUUCCACUUCAUCAUCUUCCCUCAAGCUCUCUUCUUCCCGCUCUGCAUUCUCCUUCCUCCUCAACUCCUCCGACUCUGAAACCGCCGUAAUCGACUCUGACCCUGACGCUUCUCAAGCCCUUGAAAUCCCCUCCCAACAGACCCCCAACCGCGAGGAAAUCUUUGCGGUUGUUAUGAUUGGAUCCCGCCAAUAUAUAGUCUUUCCAGGGCGUUAUAUUCAUACCCAGAGGCUGAAAGGGGCUAACGUCAAUGAUAAGAUAACUCUGAACAAGGUUUUGCUCGUGGGAACAAAAACUCAGACAUACAUUGGAAAACCAGUAGUUACAAAUGCCGCCGUUCAUGCUGUUGUUGAGGAGCAGGGAUUAGAUGACAAGGUAAUUGUCUUCAAGUACAAGAAAAAGAAAAACUACCGACGAAACAUUGGGCACCGUCAGCCCAAUACGCGAAUUAGGAUAACUGAAAUCUCUGGAUAUCAAGACUACCCAGCAACCACGCUCGAGUCGUAGGAACAAAUUCCGAUGCUUUGAAGUUCCCUAUUUCUUGCUCAAGAUUCCCCUUUUUUGUAUGUAAGUUCUUGUGAUUUAAAAUGUUUCAGUUGAGUUGUUUCUAUCUGAUAAUGAAUCUCAGAAGAUCCUCCGGUGACCAUUAUGUCAAAAUUUGAAGGAAAUAUAUUGCUAA